AGCAUCGCUGUGUUAUGUUCGAGCAUGUCGUACGAAAUAUUACGAAUGCAUUAAAGGGUGCUGUAAACAGCUGAUAAAACUACGGGCGUGUUUAUGAUAUGAACACGACGGCAGCAUUUUCCGAAUUAUUGGCAUGAAGAUAAGAAUGAGUUGAAAGGUUCUGGUGGUGAGUUUCGUUUCGAAAUGGAUGCGUCUGGAUCACAGCAGCAGCAGCAGCAGCAGCAGCAGCUCGAUGAUGAUUGGGAUGAUUUCAGUGACUCAGAACUUCUUGACAUUUCAACCGAGCUACAAAGCAUCGACUCUCAACAGGCCCUUGUUGACAAAACUGAUGGUAAACAAUCCAUGGUGGGUUUUGACAGCCCAUGUGAGUCUUCCACAUCAAUGCACGACUGUACUAAAGAGUCUUCAGGGCAUCAAACUGGUGAUGUGAGGGGUUUAAAGAGAAAGAGUCUUCAUGAAGACAGCUUGAAUCCAAUGCAACGCUUCUCAAAACGACAUCUAAGUGUGACCCUCCUCUGUGACCAGUCAUGGUGUGAGAUGAAGACCGUAUACAAUAUUUUGAAGCCACAUGUAAAGAGAAAAGAAAUGCAAUGUGCUGAGGUCCAGAUGGGAAUAGACAUUCAUUUGUCAAGAGAACUUGAGAUACAGGAUGUUAUCCAUGUAGAUAUCCGGACCAGAGAAGAUGCAGAAGCUCUCAAACUUCUCAACAUGUUAAACAUGAUUCCACUAUUAGAAACAGGAAAAUGUGUGCGAGAGUUCCCUGUGUUUGGUGUGCAGGAAGGUGUCUUUAUAAUGGGGGUCAUUGAUGAGCUGAUGUAUAACCAGAAGGGGGAGCUCGUCCUAAAUGAGCUUAAAACUCGCAAACAGCAUUCCAUGCCUAGCUCAGCACAAGAUAAAGUCAACUGCUUUCAGGUUGCCCUGUAUAAAUUACUAUUCGAUGGAUUGGUCAGAGGAGAAGUAAAGAAAGACCACAUUCUAGAUCACCUUAAACUACGUUCACACCAGGUGCUCGGAGCAGGGGUCCAGGCCCAUGCUAAAAAGAUUGGGUAUCACGUGGCUACUUUUGAGGAUGCGGUGGAUGCCUUUUUAUUAACUAUGACAUGCUGUGAUCUUCCAUGCAUUGAUUUGCUUCAGCUGGAAUACUAUCAUCAAGGUUCUAAGGGAUCCAUCGGAAUCAGAGUCGUUCCUUUUGACGAAGCCCAACUGCGGGUGGAUCUAAAGGGUUAUCUGGAAUACUGGACAGGCCAGAGGGAACCCAAAGGAGUCGACAUAGAGGAUGCCUGGAAAUGUAGAUCCUGCCUUUAUGAGCAGACCUGUGAUUGGGUAAAGAAUAGAUUACAAAUAUCUAAUCAAAAAGCAGCUGGGGUUAACUGAUGUUCUUGAUUGAUUUUUAUUAGGGGUGCACCGAUAAAUGCCGAUAUACACUAAUAAUGCGUGGGCGAUAACUAUUCUAAAACGCACAGCUGAUAUUAUUCACAGCUAUUUCAUCUACUAUGGCUCUUGAUCAGUAAGUCUUAUUGAUCUGAAAUCACUGUUAGUUUGAGUCGUUUAUAACAUGCGUUUGAGAAAGCAACACUCGCCAAUCAUAAUCAUCAUAAUCAUACAUAUUCUUUAUUAUCAUGAAAAUACCUGAAAAAGUUUGAAGAACAGCAAUAUAAAUAUAUCCUUGAGCCAUUUCCUAGGGCUGCGUGUGUAUGGUUCUUCGUCUACAGUGCAUAUUAUUGAGUUUCUGCACGAGAGCGCCCUCUGGCUUUUGGAUGUAGCGGCAUUUCACCGUUGAGAAGCAUAGCAAGGAUCAUCAGCUGAUAUAUCGGUGCUCCCCUAAUUUUUAUAUUUUUAUGUGUGAUAUAUUAGCAUUGUAAAGUUUUAUAUAUUUUUAUAUUAUGAAAUGUUGGUUAGACCAAAACCAGGUUAAAAGUUUUCUUCAUAAUUGCAUACACAAUUAUGAUCCAGUCUGUGAAAGCGCAGGUAUAAAGACAUUUUUUGUGAUUACUGUUUUCUACAUCAUGUAAAGAACAUUUUGUUAAAAUAUAACCUUGAUAUAUUUAAUAUUGACUGAGCAAGGUCAUGUCACACACUGAAUUUAAAGUGAAUUUAAUGACUAAAAUCAACUUUAAUACUCAGUAAAAUUACAUUGAGCCUGAAUUUUACAGACAGACAGGGUCAUAAUUUUAAUACACUACCUGUGUAGGCUACUUCGCUAAUAGGAAGUCUUAUAAUCGUUUAAAAAUGAUGUACAUUAUAAUAUUUGUCCAUAAGACGGCGCUAUUGAGCCACAUUUGGCUCGUGGCUUAAUAUGCUAACCAGUAUAAUAAAUAUAAAGAGACAAUAUCAGCGUUGCUCUUUCUUAAAACUAUUUCAAACAUGAAUUACUGAAAUUAAAUCAUAAAAGUUAUAAUGUUUAGCCAAGGCUGUAAAUGACACGUUUUGAUUUGCUGAUAUUCCAUUAUGAUUAGCUUGUGUUGAUAUACAGAGUCAAAAACCAUAUCCUGUUUAUUUGGGCUUUUACAUUUAAUCUGGAGUAUGGGCACAGACCUCUUAAACAUGUUCUUGUUAUCAGUAUGGUACAGUGUGGGACUAUGACACAUCUGGCAUUUAAAAGAGACCACACACUCCCUCAGGGUCCUUCCCAUCUGACGUCAUAUCACACACACAUACAAAUACAGCUUACUUAGUUCUGCAAUGCACAAAUGUUUAAACUUCUAAUACUGCUAGAUAGAGUUAUCCCUUAUGUAUGCAAAUGUGUUUCUGUGGUGUAAGAGGCAUGUUUAUUUCAAUAAUGAAUUAACAUGAUGGAAAUUUUCUUUUUCUUAUUGCUCACCUCAUAAUCAAGUUAACUUCACUGUAAAAAACUGCUGUAAUGUUUUCCCCCAUAUUCAUGCAUCAUAAACCAGUGAGGCUGAAGGCAGACUGUUAUUAGAUUGUAAAGGUCUGCACCGGUCUGCGGGUCGAUAAGGGCUGUCCACUGUAUUUGCUCAUUGUUGCAUUAAAGCGUGCCAUCUUAACAGCAUGACCGUACAAACCU